AUGUUGCUGCUUCAGUGCAGAAAUACGGCUUCUCUUCCAAAGCCAUGUGACUUGGCACCAAAUGUAAAGAUGAGUCUCCUUGUUUUCCUGGGUCUGCUUGGUGCCUCUGCUGCUAUGCCAUUCCAGAUGCCAAUGCCCCGAAUGCCUGGAUUUAGCAGUAAAAGUGAAGAGAUGAUGCGAUAUAAUCAAUUCAACUUUAUGAAUGCCCCACCAAUGAUGCCUAUGGGCCCAUAUGGAAAUGGUUUGCCAAUGCCUCCACACAUGCCUCCACACAUGCCUCCGCAAUACCCUCCAUACCAGAUGCCCAUGUGGCCUCCACCAGUACCCAAUGGAUGGCAGCAACCCCCAAUGCCCAAUUUCCCAAGCAAGACUGACCAAACCCAGGAGACCACCGCCAAACCCAACCAGACCAAUCCACAAGAGCCACAGCCACAAAAGCAGCCUUUAAAGGAACCACCAAAUGAAGCAGCACGGGCCAAAGAUGAAGCCCAGCCAUUCCCACCAUUUGGCAAUGGGCUUUACCCCUAUCAACAACCACCAUGGCCAAUUCCACAGAGGGGACCACCAACAGCAUUUAGACAGCCAAAGUUCAGCAACGAAGAAGGAAAUCCUUACUAUGCUUAUUUUGGAUAUCACGGUUUUGGGGGUCGUCCUUAUUACUCAGAAGAGAUGUUUGAAGAUUAUGAAAAACCCAAAGAAAAAGAUCCUCCUAAACCAGAGGACCCACCCCCAGAUGACCCACCCCCAGAGGCCUCUACAAACUCAACUGUACCCGAUGCUAACGCCACUCAAUCCAUUCCUGGAGUGAGUCAAGGUGUAAAUGACACUAGUCCAAUAGGAAGCACAGGCCCUGUGCCGAAUGCUGAGAACAACCCUACAGUUCAAAAUGGUGUCUUCCCUCUCCCUAAAGUUAAUGUUUCAGGCCAGGGAGUACUGAAAAACCAAAUUCCGUGGAGACCAAGUCAGCCAAAUAUUUAUGAGAAUUAUCCUUACCCAAAUUAUCCUUCAGAAAGACAAUGGCAAACCACUGGUACCCAGAGGCCUAAACAGAAUGGACCUGGUUAUCGAAAUCCACAAGUCCAAAGGGGUCCUCAGUGGAAUUCCUUUGCUUGGGAAGGCAAACAAGCUACUCGUCCAGGAAAUCCAACUUACCAUAAACCUUCCCCUCCUACCUCAGGAGUUAAUUAUCCCAACUUCGCAGGAAACUCAGUCAACUUUGGAAGAAAACUGCCAGGGCCAAAGAAACCCUAUAUGGGAGCCAAUCCAGCCUCAAAUAAACCCUUUGUGGGAGCCAAUCCAGCAGCAAACAAACCAUCUAUAGGGACAAAUCCAGUCUCAAAUAAACCCUUUGUGGGAGCCAAUCCAGCAGCAAACAAACCAUUGAUAGGAACAAAUCCAGCCUCAAAUAAACCAUCUAUAGGAACCAAUGCUGCGUCAAAUAAACCAUUUGUGAGAAACAAUGCAGCUGCAAACAAACCAUUUGUGAGGGCCAAUGCUGCUUCAAAUAAACCAUUUGUGGGAACCAAUGUUGCCUCAAAUAAACCCUUUUCAGGAACCAAUCCGGCCGCAAACAAACCCUUUGUGGGAGCCAAUGCUGCCUCUAAUAAACCAUUUGUGAGAAGCAAUCAGGCCUCAAAUAAACCAUUUGUGGGAGCCAAUUCUGCUUCAAAUAGACCAUUUGUGGGAAUCAAUGUGGCCUCAGUGGGUCCUAAACAGGUUACUGUUAGCCACAAUAUGAAAACCCAAAAUCCAAAGGAAAAGUCCUUAGGUCAAAAAGAAAGAACAGUCACUCCCACCAAAGAUACCAGCAACCCCUGGAGAACCUCUAAACAGUAUGGAACCAACAAUCCAAACUAUAAUUGGCCUGGCUCUGAGGGUAGCAUAGUAGGCCCAAAAUUUAAUUCCUUUGAUCAACAAGAAAAUUCCUACUUUUCAAGAGGAGAUUCCAAAAGAGUACCAAGUCCUAAUAUACAAAUCCAAAGCCAGAAUUUGCCCAAAGGAAUUGCUUUAGAGCCAAGAAGAACCCCAUUUCAAUCAGAAACUAAAAAAUCUGAAUUAAAGCAUAGUGCACACCAGCCUGCAUACCCUAAGAAAAUCCCUUCUCCUACAAGAGAGCAUUUCCCUGCUGGAAGAAAGACCUGGAAUCACCAAAAAAUCCUUCCACCCUUAAAGGAAGACCAUGGGAGGCACGAAGACAAUUUACUUCAUCCUUCCUAUGGCUCUAGAGGAAAUAUUUUUUACCAUGAAUAUACCAAUCCUUAUCCUAGCGAAAAAUCGCAGUACAUUAGAAGCAAUCCAUGGGAUAAGAGGGUCGGUUCUCCCAGUACUAUGAUGCAACCACAAAACCCACAGUACACCAUGACUUCUCUAGACCAGAAGGAGACAGAGCAGUACAAUGAAGAGGACCCAAUUGAUCCAAAUGAAGAUGAAUCUUUUCCAGGGCAAAGUAGAUGGGGUGAUGAAGAGCUGAACUUCAAAGGAAACCCAACAGUUAGGCAGUACGAAGGUGAGCAAUACGCCUCAACCCUAGCGAAGGAAUACCUUCCGUAUUCCUUAAGUAACCCACCAAAGCCCAGUGAAGAUUUUCCUUACAGUGAAUUCUAUCCCUGGAACCCACAUGAAACUUUUCCAAUAUAUAACCCAGGUCCUACUAUAGCACCACCUGUGGACCCCAGGAGUUAUUAUGUUAAUAACGCCAUAGGACAAGAAGAGAGCACUCUCUUUCCUUCAUGGACUUCCUGGGACCACAGGAAUCAAGCUGAGAGGCAGAAAGAAAGUGAGUCAUAUUUCAACAGAAAUGUCUGGGAUCAGUCAAUGAAUUUACACAAAUCUAAUAUACCAAACCAUCCUUAUUCCACUACCUCCCCUGCUGGAUUUCCAAAAGAUCCAACAUGGCUUGAAGGUGAGAAUUUGAACUAUGAUUUGCAAAUUCCUAGUUUAAGUCCACCAGAGAGAGAACAGUUAGCUUUCCCAGACUUCAUGCCUCAAAGUUACCCAACAGGCCAAAAUGAAGCACACUUAUUUCACCAAAGUCAGAGAGGGUCUUGCUGCAUUGGUGGCUCCACAGGACAUAAAGACAAUGUGCUGGCUCUACAAGACUACACUUCAUCCUAUGGUCUUCCACCAAGGAAGAACCAAGAAACCAGUCCUGUGUAUGCAGAAAGCAGUUACACCAAGUACGCAAGACCUAAAGUUUCUCCAGCAAGCAUCCUACCUAGUCAAAGAAAUAUCUCUGAGAACAAACUAACUGCAGAAAGCCCAAACCCAAGCCAAUUUGGAGAGGGUGUGCCUACUGUGAGGAGAAACACUCCACAUUCUGGGAAGAAUCAAUUGGAGACAGGAAUUAUGGCCUUUUCUGAAGCCAGCUCUCCUCAGCCCAAAAGCACACCCUGUCUUAAAAGUGACCUUGGAGGAGAUCGGAGGGAUGUCCUGAAACAAUUUUUUGAAGGCAGCCAGCUGAGUGAAAGAACUGCCGGCCUUACUCCUGAGCAGCUGGUUAUCGGCACUCCUGAUAAAGGCUCUGGCCCAGAUAGCAUACAAAGCGAAGGCCAAGGAAACGAGGGGGAGGUGCAGCAGCAAAGGCCACCUACCGUCCUGAAGUUGCCAUGCUUUGACUCCAAAUUAGCAAAGUUUCACUCUUCUACCACUGGACCUCCAACUAACAAUGGAAGACCAAGCCUACUUAAUGGUGCUCUCUCCAAACCCACUGAAAGUCCUAACACAUUGGUUGGGUUAGCUACUAGGGAACAAUUUAAAAGUAUAAAUGUAGAUCAACUUAAUGCAGAUGAACACACUACCCUUGAGUCUUUCCAAGGAACCAAUCCACAGGACCAAGAACACGGCUGCUUACUGCUUCAGGCUUAG